CGCAAAAGAACUCUAGUUUUCAGCGCUCUCUUUAGCGAAUUGGGAACCUAUUUCCAGCUGGCCUAUCUUCGCUACUUCUAUUGGACAACUCCCAGACCUCAAAUGGGUUGAUCUCCCACGAACAACAGCAAAAGAUGAACGAUCUAUUGAAAUCUUAAAUAAAAAAAAAUUAUGACAACCCCCACGGAGCACUUCAAUAGCUCGAUAUGAUGAUGGAAGAUCUAUGCUAACUUCUCCAAAUUCUCUACCCAGACGUAAAAGGCUAAAGACAUUCACUACUGAAUUAGCACUUCUGAAGCCUAUAAAAGGACGGGCAUUCUUUUACACAAAGAUAUCUAUAUUCUUCUUCUGCCCAUAUUUGGAAAUCCGAGUUUUCAACUCUAGCAAACAUGCGGUUCUUCUGGCUCCUCUCCUCAUUGCUCGUCACUGCCACUAUUGCAGCUCCAUUGACACCGGAGGAAAUGGGUUGUCCUCCUGGCGGUGGAGUGUGCACGAAUCCUAAUGGCUACUCAGAGCAGAAAAUAGCGGAAAUGGCCGUCCAAAGGGCAAUCCUGAGACUUGCAAGCGCGACGGGGACCAGCAUGCAAGAUCUUUGUGCUCAACUUGGUAAGGACAAAGUCCUUGAAGGAAUGAGGAAAGACCUUCCAGCCAUUGUUUCAUUGUGCAAAUAAUUCCAUCCGAAGGAUCUACGUGUCUUCCGGCCGCUCAACAACUGCUUUAUCAACGCUUACUUGAAAAAGACGGGGGUGGGUUUUAAGGCACUUCUAUCGCUAAAGGAACAUUGAGUGCUGAUGCUGGGAGUGAAGGCUAGCUGGCAAUCGUACCUAGGGAUACAUGUUCUACAUGUGUAUCGCUAUCAACCCAUUGCUCGGUUGGGAUGCGGUGUACUUGUUUUAAUGGGCCUUCUCUCUUUUGCUUCCGUCAAUUUGUUUAUAACCCCUGUCUCUCCAUCACAGGGUUCAAU